AAACCUUGUUUUCACACUUAUUGAGUGCAGCAUAUGCAUUUCCAUUAUCGGAAGUUUAAGAUAACCUUUGACUUGAGUGUAUUAAGCAUGUGACGGGCCUAAUCACGAGCAAUUCAGAUGACACAUUCCUUUAUUAGCACAGAGAAUGAAGACUAUGGAAGUUGAGAAAAUUAUCGUGCUCUUGUGUAACCAUUUCAUUUUUUUAUCGAAUGCUAUUGUGCUUCCCAAUUUCUAUCCUUUUGGAGUGAGCGAUGGAGACCAGCUUGUUCCGACAAAUGACGACGGGAGCUCUGGGACGAUACCGAUAUCAAUUCAGUUUCCUUUCUACGAUAGGAAUCACAAUUCGCUGUUUGUCAACACCAACGGGGUGAUUUCUUUCCUGGUCCAAGUUUCACAAUAUACCCCGGAUCCAUUUCCUCUGGGAGAUAGUCGUCGACUGGUGGCUCCAUUUUGGGCUGAUGUUGAUACACGUAAUGGAGGACAAGUGUUCUACCGAGAGACCACAGAUACGCAACUGCUUAAACGAGCUACUAAUGAUGUUACAGCCACCUUUGUAGAUCACAGAAAAUUCAAAGCCACUUGGCUAUUCGUGGCGACGUGGUAUGAAGUCGCUUUCUAUGGUGCUGGGAAUUUCUCACCUAAGAGAAACACUUUCCAGGCGAUUUUGAUAACAAACGGACGGCACUCUUUUGUAAUUUAUAAUUAUAACAAAAUCACCUGGACUACUGGCACAGCAAGCUCAGGAGACAAGAGCGGGCUUGGAGGUACCCAGGCACAAGCAGGCUUCAAUGCUGGUGACGGCAAACGCUUUUACACUAUCCCAGGGUCUGGCACUCAUGACGUUAUCAAUAUUUUUAAAACGUCCAAUGUGGCAAGGCCCGGUCGAUGGAUAUUCCGUAUUGAUAACGCGAGGAUCGUGGAAGGUGGUUGCAACACGAAAGGAUCAAUUGUUAUUUCACCGGGCUACGCAAUCAUGCUAGGAGGUGAUAACCUUUUCGUGUCUGGACCCUGCUUCAAGUCAUCAGAUGACAUCAUAUGUGAAUUUUCUGGCGGCAAAGCAAUCAACGGAAGUUUUAUCAGUCCCAUUCAGGCAUCUUGCACUGUGCCAAUGCUUUAUUCGACCGGCAGGUUGACAAUGAAAAUGUCAGUAAAUGGAGGAAGGAGUUUCGACUACCAAGGCAUCAUCACCAUUGUUAACAUUGCCAAAUUCAAGCCAGCUGUCGUACGGUAUAAGGUAAAGAGGUGGUAUGAAAAAAGUCAUAUCUGUAUUACAUGGGAUCCAGCUUACCUCGGAGGCGACAAUCAGAGAGUAACAGUUCAACUGGCUCGUUUUUCCAUGAAGGGCGACGGACAGGUGGUUUUUCAUAGCACAUUCAAUGUAGUGGCAGGUCAGCAAAAUGACGGAAAUAGUCAGUUCGUUGUGCCAAAAGGAGUAGAUCAAGGAGCAAUAGGUGGGGAUGACCGCUUUGUCACACUGGUUCUAGUAAAAAGGAUUGUUAGCAGCUUCGGCAGUUCCCCGGCCGAAUGGAUCUGGAGCGAUCCAUUCCACUGGUUGAACUACGAGAUGGCUGAGCAGAGAUGUGUGCAGUGGUAUAACAAGCAGCCUGAUCCAAAGAUAUACACAGAUGACAUCUCCCUCCUUUCCUGCCCGCAAACGUUUCUUCAAGCAAUGGCGGACCGCGGUCGAUUUAUGUUAGACGAAUACUGUAAUCCAAAUGCUGAGCAACAUUUUGCUUUAUACUGUAAGGAGGCUACGCAUUGCUUUAGCACAAUCAAUCCAAGUGAACAAGGUGCUGGACAGCAGUGUUGCUAUAAUGAACAAGGAAACUUGAUGAUUGGUCCAAAAAAUGGGGGAUCCCUGAGUCGGGUUCAUAUGAGUGCUGGAGUGCCAUUUCUCUCUCAUUUCUUCCACGACCUGAUGCCUUAUUCAGACUGUUGUGUAUUGUCUGAGAACUGUGGAAAGUACUUUGAGAAGAGACCAUCAGAUAACGGCAUGAAGUACGAGCCUCCACGGCCAGCCACUGGAAUCGGCGAUCCUCACAUGGUUACUUUGGAUGGAGUUGAAUACACCUUUAAUGGUUAUGGCGAGUAUCACAUUCUCCAGGUAGCACCUUCUGGGUUCAAGCUACAGGGAAGAAUGCAGCCUUUGAUCAAUAGUUACGGCAGAAAGACUCAUGGUACAGUUUACAAGGCGUUUGCGAUGAAGGAAAAUGGCUCGGAUAUUGUACAGGUUCACAUGAACGGCCGCAGUGAAGUUGACGUUCUGGUGAAUGGAGCUUUGAUAGAAUCUGAUGAGCGACUGCUGGUGGAUUUUAAUGGCGUCACAGUUUUAAAAUACAAUAACUCUUAUAAAUAUUCCACCAUAUUCAACUCUGGCAUAUCAGUUACAAUCGAGAAGGCCGAUGAACUUUUACAAAUGAUGCUGCUGGUGCCACAGAUGUAUAAAGGAAACACAAGUGGCCUUCUGGGAUUCUGGGACGGGGACCAAGUAAAAGAAUACCUGCUUCCUAACGGAACCUUCCUUGACACUAAUUCAAACCAAUCACGAAUUCAUUACGAAUUUGGACAAAAAUGGGCUGUAACUGAAGAGGACUCAUUAUUCACAUAUUAUGGCGAAAAUCAUACCUCCUAUGUCGAUGUGGGAUACAUACCGGUGUUUUUCGAUCAGGAUUUGAUUUUUGAUGACGUAAUCUUCGGUCAGAAGGCUCGAAAUGUGUGCGGUAGUAACAAGGAAUGCCUGUUUGAUAUUUACACCACUGGAAAGAUCAGCAUUGGGAUGAAUUCUAAGAAGGCCUUGGAGUCGUUUGCUGUGGUCGUAAAUGAAGUAGAGACCCCAGGCUGUAUACCAAUGGAGAACGUACUUCGCAAUGGUUUAAUGCAAAGAAAGGAUUCUAAAGAUGGAGCCAUGCUAUUCAAGUUCCAUUGUGACACAGGUUUCAGUCUCACAGGCCCUUCAGUUAUUCGUUGUUAUCAAGGACAGUGGAAUGGCUCUAAACCAAGCUGUGAACCAUCAGGUACGAAGAGGAGCCGGAAACUGUGGUAUGUCCUCGCUUCUGCCAUAGCAGGGAUCGUACUCAUUGCAGUGGUUAUUAUGGUCUUCUGUUGUAUUAGACGGAGAUGUAACAAUUCUGACGCCAAUGAAGGACGAGAAGCUUCACAAAUUGGACAAAAGAUCAACGCGGACUUAAGUUUAAACAACCCGGCUUAUGUAUCAUGCAACGAUCUGAAAUCAGCUUGACAAUAUGCUCUGCCUCGUAUAUCAUCAUAUAAUAAAAGGAGAGAGGCUUGGAAAGGCAGAACAAUCAUCAAAGAAAUGGAAACAAGGAAUAACGAUGCUGAAGUUUAGGUUGGGAGCUCCCUAAUCGAGAUUAGUCUUUCGUCUUUUCACUGACGGAAUAAACUAUUGCACAUUUUGCACGGUCAGGUUAAGAAAACCUUAUAAUAACCUUUAACAAAGAAAUAUGCUGGCUCUUCCAACCCUUUUUCCAGUCACGUCUACGUACUUAGAUUGUAAUUUAACAUCAGCCCCUAACAAAAGUAAUAUAGUGUGAGUUGGCCAACUGACUGGAAAUAGCACAUUUAUCACCUUUAAGUGAGGAAGGAACUAAACUUCUGUAGGCCACCAUCACCUUUAUUUGAAAUUAACUUCAUUUUUGGAUUAUUGUGUCGUCUCUAGGUCUUCUCUGGGUCUUCCAUGUAGGAGGCACAUAUUUCCGUUUAUUUUUCAUUGUAGAUAAUGGAAAAGAAAUAGGAAACAUCUCUUUCCUUCAAAUAACUAAGCAGAUGAUAUAAAAUGUUAGAUACCUCAAAUUAUCGAAACGUUAGUCACUACUACCGACAACAGUUCUUCUCAGAACUACACUCACCCGGACGAUCAGACUACACUAUGACAUGUUACCCCCGGGUUCAAACCAUUUACGGUGAUUCAUCUUAUCGAUGGAAGAAUCAUUUGUUUUCAGACAAGUGGUAGAUAUAAAUAUACCAACAGUUUUAGGGAUAGGGGGAGGGUGGGGGUGUUCUAAACCCCUUGAAUCCCCUCCCUGGAUCAGCUGCCGAGGUACAUUUCAUAAUCUGACCAAUCACCAAAUACUUCCCACAUGAAAUAACUUGCACUUACAAAGUAGUUUGAACAUGCAAAUAAAAGGAGAAGAGCUGUAAACGUCAUUUCUAUGCCUUAGUGUAGUGGUGCAUCUUGCUAUAUUGGCAGUAAUUUAAUAUGUUGCAAUUAUAAGAUUUCUAAGCAGACAUUUUUGCCAACGAUAUAAAAC